AUGACCUCUGUUAGUACCCCAAGAAAACGGCGAUUAUCAAUUGUUUCUCCAGAAGAAGGACGUCGAGUCUUAAUUAAUGAGCCCAACAGUAAAAAGGUCAAAUCAGAUUCUACAGCUGGUAGUGGCGGUUCGACUUCAAUAACCUCAGGGACAACACCUGCAGCCUCAAAUAUUAGCAAUAAUAAUGAUGUAUCAAUCAUGUCAACUGCACCGAAGACACUGCAUCAUAAAAAUGCAAGUAAUAGCAGUAAUAUUGAUAAUAUUCAGACAAAUAGCACCACAAAUAAUUCGAAUACAAAUCUAUCAUCAGGAACAGCAGGAGAAUUACAAACACUCUCACAAACCCUUACUCCAGAUUUUACAUUUGAUCCUGCAUUACGAAAAAAAUUUCUUGACCCAGCAAUUAAUGCUUUAUUCAGAACAAUGAAAAAAGAAUUGGAGGAAAAAGAAAAGAUGAUAGAAGAUUUACGAAAUGAAUUGGAUGGAAUUGGUUUUACUCCGAAUAGUAUAACUGGUAAAAAGCUAGUGGCUAAAUUGCGUGCAUUACAACAUGAAAAUGAAGAAUUAGGUCGACAACUUAGACAAGGUCGCGUUGAGCAAUACGAAGUGGAAAUUGCAAUGCAACGUAAAGUUAUCGAUGAAUUAAAGGCUGGAUUAGAAGAAUCAGAUUCACAGUUGUUGUUAAUGGACGAGGAAAAUGAACGUUUACAAGACAUUAGUCCGGAUGGUGAUGCAGAAGAAAAAAGCGGCGGCAAUAAAAGUAUGUCUAAUGAUGAUGUGGAUAUGGAUGAUAACGAAAAUCGAGAACUACAAAGUAAUAAUGAAGAGAAUACAGAGAAAGUCAAGUAG